AUUCUUUUCGGUCGUUCUGCCAUCUGACAACGUUAUUACAAUUAGUUCAUAAUUGAAAUUUAUUGUUUAUUUGAAUAUAAUUUGCAAAUAUUACUUUUUUCGACAAGAGUACAUUGGCAUUCUAGCAAAAAGACUUAUUUAUUUGACUGCUAGGGAGCAGAACUCAGAGGGAAAACGACAGUUGAUAGGCUACUGUUUUGUCACAUAUUGUGAAAUAAUCGUGAUUAUUAUCCGGCCUUCCAUUCGUUCUGUAUCAAUCUAUUAAGAUGAUGGAACUACCGAAACUUUCCCGUUCAAUGCGUGCCAGCACGGAUUUGGACAUUGAUCGCGAGCUAACGAACCGGGCGGAAGAUAGACCAGCUUUGCAGAUAUUUCGCACAAAAGAAGCUCGAAGUGGAGUAUCCUGGAAAGAACUAAAACUAUUCGUCAACAAACAAAUGGACACUAAAGAAGCUUCACUUGUUACCAAUCAGUUGCGAGCCUUGUGGACCUACUGCCGAGAGAUGCUGGGAAGUGAAGAAAACGCUGUGUUGGUGGACGAUGCAGCAAUAUUUAUAUUGCGAUUGUUUUUAGAUCAGAAAAUUGUUAUGCUGAAGCAUACUUCACGUAUUAAAAAGAUGUUCGGUCAAGUGCCGAAUGCUCUCAUUAACAAAAUGUGUCUGCUUGUAAAUGAAAUAAGUCAACACCUGAACGAAGACUGCCGUAAAUAUCUUGAAGAGACUGAAACUGGAAAUCAGCAGAGCGAAACGAAACCGAUAUGGGGAUCACACAUAAAGUGUCAAGUACCGGAAGGUUUAGGGAAUGACUUUAGUUUAUUAAGUGAUCUUAUACCAUCGCAACCUGCAGAGAAAAAAUCGGCAGUUGCUUUCUCGAUGAAGUACGACAACCGAAAGCAACAGCGGCUUGCGCAACCUGGCCCAAGUUCUUCCAGUGCGACUGAUAAUGAUAAAUACACACGGGCCUGGCUAGCGAAACGAAUGCUUCCGGAACUGAUCGACAGUUUGGUGGAGUUGUUGAAAUCUCCGAAAACGAACGAUGAACUACAGAAUGAACUGUUCGAUUAUUUGGGCUUCGAUAAGUUCGAAUUGAUCCAAGAGCUGCUGCAGAAUCGAAAGCACAUUAUCGAGCGGGUUAAAGCAACGGCACAAAUUAAUGUUUUCAAGGAAAAAGCUGUUAAAAAACUAGAAGCUAUGCAGCAUGCACCGGCAUACCUAAUGCCAGUCAUGAUUCAAUCGGAGUCGGAGAAACAACUACGGAAACAGGUGAAUAAGGAAGAAAAAAAGUUGAAAAAGUUUCUGAACGCUGUGGGUGGAGUUGAAGAAGAAAGUGAGGAACUGGACCCAAUGAAGAUGAGACUGAAUUAUCAGCAAAGCCUACUAAUGGCAGCACAAAUGACGCCACUAUUUGACGACAGGCCUCCCCGAACGAUGGCACCAAAACCUCCAAAGCCCGUCAAGUAUCCGAACGUGUACGAUUCUUACAGUGAGGCCAAAGCGCACGUAGGAUUUAUCGCCGGUGGCAAAUUGAUGCUGCCGGAUAACGUGGAACGUAACGACAGUAAGCUGUACGAAGAAGUUAAAAUUCCUGCAACGGAUCCACCACCACUUUCUAUCGGAAACAAUCGUAUUCAGAUUAAUUCCAUGGACGAAAUAAGCCAAAUAGCUUUCAAAGGCUGUAAGGAACUUAAUCGGAUCCAGAGCAUCGUCUAUCCGGCGGCCUAUCAUAGCAACGAAAAUUUGCUUGUAUGUGCUCCUACCGGAGCCGGCAAAACAAACGUUGCUAUGUUGACAAUUGUGAACACUAUUCGACAGUACGUAGAUCAAGGUGUUAUACACCGUGACCAAUUUAAGGUGGUUUACGUGGCACCAAUGAAAGCGCUCGCCGCUGAAAUGACCAGUAAUUUCGGGAAACGACUGGCUCCUCUGGGAAUAUCGGUUCGAGAACUUACCGGCGAUAUGCAACUGACUAAAACCGAGAUGCAGCAAACUCAAAUGAUUGUGACUACACCGGAAAAAUGGGACGUCGUUACGCGGAAAGGCGCUGGGGAUGUUGCCUUCAUUAGUUUGGUGAAGUUGCUCAUAAUUGACGAAGUGCACCUAUUGCAUGGGGAACGAGGUCCGGUAGUGGAAGCGCUGGUCGCCCGUACACUUCGUUUGGUAGAAUCAUCCCAGAGUAUGAUUCGGAUCGUUGGUCUUUCAGCCACUCUUCCGAAUUACAUCGACGUCGCACGAUUUCUGCGAGUUAAUCCGAUGAUUGGUUUGUUCUUUUUCGAUUCACGCUUCCGACCGGUUCCACUGAGUACCGACUUCAUCGGAGUAAAAUCACUGAAGGCACUGCAACAAUUGGCCGAUAUGGAUACUAUCUGUUACGAUCGCUGUAUCGAUAUGGUACGCCAGGGGCACCAGGUGAUGGUGUUUGUUCAUGCACGAAACGCGACAGUUCGGAUGGCGACUAUCAUUAAGGAGUUUGCCCAACAGAAGGGCCACAUUCAGUUGCUGAUUCCGGACAGUAAUCCGGAGUAUGGAAAUGCAAUCAAAGCGAUUUCCAAAAGUCGCAACAAACAGCUGGUGGAGCUGUUCCAGAACGGACUGGCAAUGCAUCACGCCGGAAUGUUACGACAGGAUAGGAACCUGGUGGAAAAAUACUUUGCUGAUGGCAUCAUCAAGGUCUUAGUGUGCACGGCAACUCUCGCCUGGGGUGUGAACCUACCGGCUCACGCAGUCAUCAUCAAAGGCACGGAGAUCUAUGACUCCAAGCAUGGUACGUUCGUUGACCUGGGUAUUCUCGAUGUGCUACAAAUUUUCGGACGCGCUGGGCGACCUCAGUUCGACAAAAGCGGUGUCGGCACGAUUAUCACGACGCACGAUAAGCUGAACCACUAUUUGUCACUGUUGACGAAUCAAUUUCCGAUCGAGUCGAACUUUAUCCAGUGUCUGGCGGAUAAUUUGAACGCCGAGGUUACGCUCGGUACGAUUAGCAACAUUGACGAGGCGAUCGAGUGGCUUAGCUACACGUAUUUGUUCGUACGGAUGAGGAUGAAUCCGCAGUGCUAUGGGUUGAACUAUCAGGAUUUGCAGGAUGACCCCACGCUAGAACAGAAGAGAAGGCAGCUAAUCAGUACAGCCGCGAUGGCUCUCGAUAAGGCGCGGAUGGUUCGAUAUAAUGAGCGAACGGGAGAUUUGAAUGUGACUGAUCUGGGCAGAACGGCGUCGCAUUUCUACAUAAAGUACGAUACGGUGGAAGUGUUUAAUGAAAUGCUGAAACCAAUCAUGAAUGAAGCGGACAUUAUAGCGAUGAUGUCAAAUGCGCAGGAAUUUGAGCAGCUAAAGGUCAGGGAUGAUGAAAUGGAUGAGUUGGACGAUUUGACAAGGGUGUGCUGUGAGGUACCGGUUCGAGGUGGUAGCGAAAAUAUCCAUGGAAAGGUGAACAUAUUGAUGCAAACUUAUCUGUCGAAGGGAUGGGUAAAAUCGUUCUCACUGAUUUCGGAUAUGUCUUACAUCACGCAAAACGCCGUGAGGAUAGCACGAGCGUUGUUCACUAUCGUUUUGCGACAGAACAAUCCGAUACUAGCGGGAAGAAUGUUGAACAUUAGUAAAAUGUUCGAGAAGCAGAUGUGGGAGUUUAUGACACCGAUGUAUCAGUUUCCGAUACUGCCGAUGGACGUGGUGGAGAAAAUUGAACAACGGGGACUUAGUAUUCUAGCUUUGAGAGACAUGGAUCAGCAGGAAAUUGGUGAAAUGGUGCGAAAUCAUCGUCAUGCGGCACUGGUAAAGCGGUGUGCUGAAGAAUUUCCUCUGCUGGAAAUUGAGGCAACCCUACAGCCGAUUACUAGAACAGUUCUGAGAAUUCGUAUAUUCAUAACACCUUCGUUUAGGUGGAAUGAUCGUGUUCACGGGAAGACAGCUGAAUCAUUUUGGAUUUGGAUUGAGGAUCCGGAAAGCAAUUUUAUUUAUCACUCCGAAUAUUUCCAGAUGACCAAACGGCAAACCAUCCGGAAAGAAGUACAGGAAUUAGUUAUGACUAUCCCACUGAAAGAUCCUUUACCUCCACAAUAUUACAUAAGAGCGACUAGUGAUACGUGGCUUGGAAGCUCCAAUCUGAUACCGUUAUCAUUCAAACACCUUAUUCUACCGGAAGUUCAUCCACCUCAUACGGAACUCCUUCCGCUGCAACCGUUGCCUGUCACAGUUCUGAAUAAUCGGAACUUUGAAUCGUUGUACACUUUUACCCAUUUUAAUCCGAUUCAAACUCAGAUAUUCCACUGUCUGUAUCAUACCGAUAGCAACGUUCUGCUGGGAGCUCCCACCGGUUCGGGUAAAACUAUUGCUGCUGAAAUUGCCAUGUUCCGGGUAUUCAAAACUCUUCCGAAGGGGAAAGUCGUCUAUAUAGCUCCUCUCAAGGCACUAGUCAAAGAACGCAUUGAUGAUUGGAAAGUUCGAUUGGAACAGAAACUGGGCAAAAAAGUCGUCGAAUUAACCGGUGAUGUUACUCCGGACAUCAAAGCAAUACGUGAGUCACACGUUAUCGUUACGACCCCGGAAAAGUGGGACGGUAUCAGUCGAUCGUGGCAAACGCGUGAUUAUGUGAGGGAUGUUGCUUUGAUAGUGAUCGAUGAAAUCCAUCUUCUCGGUGAGGAUCGUGGCCCGGUGCUGGAAGUAAUUGUUUCUCGAACCAACUUCAUCGCUUCGCACACUGAACGCACGCUUCGGAUUGUCGGUUUGUCCACGGCUUUGGCUAAUGCACGUGAUCUGGCUAAUUGGUUGGGUAUUGGCAUGAUGGGUUUGUACAAUUUCAAACCUUCCGUUCGACCGGUGCCACUGUCUGUGCAUAUACAAGGAUUUCCUGGAAAGCACUACUGCCCACGAAUGGCAACCAUGAAUCGUCCCGCUUUCCAAGCUAUUCGUCAAUACUCUCCCUGCACCCCGGCACUUAUCUUUGUGGCUUCGCGUAAGCAAACUCGUAUUACCGCACUGGAUUUGAUUGCAUUUUUGGCGGGAGAAGACAAUCCGAAACAGUUUCUGCACAUUCCGGAGCAGGAAAUGGAUCAGAUUCUGAUGAACAUCAAAGAUAACAACUUGAAGUUGACGUUGGCUUUCGGCAUCGGUAUCCAUCAUGCUGGGCUGCAAGAACGUGAUCGAAAAACAGCCGAGGAGCUAUUUUUGCAUCGCAAAAUUCAGGUUCUGAUUGCGACCGCUACGCUGGCGUGGGGUGUAAAUCUUCCAGCCCAUCUAGUCAUUAUCAAGGGAACCGAGUUCUUCGACGGUAAACUGAAACGAUACGUUGACAUGCCGAUCACGGAUGUGCUACAAAUGAUGGGUCGUGCUGGACGGCCGCAGUUCGGUAACGAAGGAAUUGCCUGUGUAUUUGUGCAUGAUGUGAAAAAGAAUUUCUACAAAAAGUUCCUGUACGAUCCAUUCCCAGUUGAAUCCAGUCUUCUGCAGGUGCUUUCUGAUCAUGUGAAUGCGGAAAUCGUAGCCGGUACAGUUCAGACAAAGCAAGGGGUGUUGGAUUAUCUUACGUGGACGUAUUUCUUCCGUCGACUGCUUCGAAAUCCAGCAUAUUACAAUUUGGACAAUAUCGAACAGACAGAAGUCAAUCGUUUUCUGUCGAAGAUGGUUCAGAAUGUUCUGGAUACGUUGGUACGAGCCGGAUGUAUUCUGAUAGCUGAAGAUGAACGUGGAUUGAUUCCCACAUCGAUGGGAAGAAUAUCAUCAUACUACUAUCUAUCCCACCAAAGUAUGCGCCAUUUUGCAGAUACGUUACGACACGAUAUGAACUUUGAGGAGCUCCUGCGAGCUAUGGUAGAUGCGUGGGAGUUUGAACAGCAGCCUGUACGGCACCACGAAGACGUUUACAACACCGAUCUUUCGAAGCUUUGUCGACUAAAGGUUGAUCCACUUUCGAUGGAUAAUCCUCAUACCAAGGUCUUCCUAUUGAUGCAAGCUCAUCUGUCCCGUUUGCCGUUACCCAAUUCUGACUAUGGAACCGAUACGAAAUCUGUAUUGGAUCAAUCGAUAAGAAUCAUUCAAGCCAUGAUAGACAUAAGUGCCGAACGAGGUUGGUUGGCUAGCACUCUAAGGAUUCAACAGUUGAUGCAGUGCAUAAUCCAAGCACGUUGGCUCGAUGAUUCUGUUGUGAUGACUUUGCCGCACGUCGAACCGCACAAUGCACAUGUCUUCAAUCAGGUGAAACUGGAUCUUCCAUUUUUAACGUUACCGGCACUGAAGGAGAAAUGUAAUCGACGCUAUGAGACCCUAGCGGGUACGCUCAGACAGGAGUUCGAGGAAUCGGAAAUUGAACAAAUCUACAAAGUCGUUUGUUCCCUGCCGUCCAUUAAUGUGCAGCUCUCGGUUCGUGGUCCCUACGGACAGGAUGCCAGCAUUGAGCGAACGUUAACACAACCUCAAACACGAGACACAUGGAUGGAGCUCUACGCCGAACAGGAAUAUGUUCUGAACGUACAGUUGAUUCGCUUGGGUAGUUUCGAAACUCUGAACAUUCACUGCCCCAAGUUUCCCAAAGGCAAAGAUGAAGGUUGGUUCCUAACGCUCGGUCAUCAAGCCCAAGGAGAGCUGAUUGCCAUGAAACGUUGCGUCUAUCGGAGUAACAAAAGUUCACAUCAAUUGUGCUUUGUGGCACCAAGGCGAUUGGGCCGUUGCAUCUAUACUGUUUACCUCAUGUCGGACGGAUACAUCGGUAUAGAUCAACAAUAUGACAUUCACUUGGAGGUUGUUCCAGCACCCGCUGACUUACAGGUAUCAAUUGAGAACGAAUCCGAAAGAGAUUUGAUUGCUCUUCAAAUGGAAAAAUUGUAAUUCCGUAUCUUAUCUAAUUAUUGCACGUUGAGUUUAACCGACGGAUUACCUGAAAACUUCGCUAUAGCGGAAGGUAAGUGCAAAAACUAUAAUGUGAUUCGUUACUGCGUAGAUAAUCUAUGAUAUUUUUACGUCGAUAUAUUUGUUUUCUAAGUAAAUAUAAUGCUAUUUAUUGCA